GGGCGGAAGGCGGCGGCGCGGCCCCUCCUCCCGGGCGGGGCGGCGGCGGCCGGGAGUCCCCGAGCGCUGCCGGAGCCUCGCGGGCCGCUCAGCUCCCCUCCGAGCCCGGCCCAGCUCACCCCGAGCCCGGCCCCCGCCGGCUGGCGGUGCGGGGAUGGGCGCGGGGCUGUGAGGGCGGCGUGAGCCGUGGCCAUGGGGAACAUCUCCUCCAACAUCUCCGCCUUCCAGUCCCUGCACAUCGUCAUGCUGGGCCUGGACUCGGCGGGCAAGACGACGGUGCUUUACCGGCUGAAGUUCAACGAGUUCGUCAACACCGUGCCCACCAUCGGUUUCAACACAGAGAAGAUCCGGCUGAGCAACGGGACGGCUAAGGGCAUCAGCUGCCACUUCUGGGACGUGGGCGGUCAGGAGAAGCUGCGCCCGCUCUGGAAGUCCUACAGCCGCUGCACCGAUGGCAUCAUCUACGUGGUGGACUCAGUGGACGUGGACCGGCUGGAGGAGGCCAAAACGGAGCUGCACAAGGUGACCAAGUUCGCCGAGAACCAGGGCACCCCGCUGCUGGUCAUCGCCAACAAGCAGGACCUGCCCAAGUCCCUGCCGGUGGCCGAGAUCGAGAAGCAGCUGGCCCUCCACGAGCUGACCCCUUCCACCACCUACCACAUCCAGCCCGCCUGCGCCAUCAUCGGCGAGGGGCUCACGGAGGGCAUGGACAAGCUCUACGAGAUGAUCCUGAAGCGGAGGAAGUCCCUCAAGCAGAAGAAGAAGCGGUAGAAGCCCCGCAAGAGGCGGGGAGGGAUGGGGAAGCAGACAAAGGAACCGAAGGGGGAGAGAGAACCAAAGCGAUCCUUUUUGGUUUUAAUUGUUAUCAUUAUUUUUUUUCCUCUUUUUUUAUUUUUUUUCUUUCCCCUCCCCUCUUUCCAAAUGAAAAGACAAUAGCGGUGAUAACAAAGCCGCUCCUGCCAGCCAAGCCCACAUCCCGUCUGCAGGCGAGAGCCGGGAUCUCCCUUCUCCCACCACCCCAUUUCCGUGUUCCCAAGGGCCGGAUACGGACCACUCCCCCCCGGACCCCUGGCCCGCGACCACCGAGCUUUUGUGUGCCGGGGUGGGUGGGCAAACAGGGCAGGACCCUGUUGAAGUGCAUUCGGGAGAAGCCCAGCGUGCUUCUGGAUCUUUAACGUGUGUGGUUUUGGAUGUGCAUCGCCUGCGGUGGGCUAGAAGAAGAGGUGCCUCGGCAGAACAGCGGUUAAGGGAAACUGCCUGGGUUGUUGCUCUGAAGACGAGCUGGACUUUACUGCAAGGUUGUGCGUCUUCUCUAAAUAUGUUUGAAUGGCCUUUUUUUCUUUUAGCAGACGUCACGACGUCUCAUUUCCCCAGGUACCUUUAUAGUGUUCCAAAUCCUGCUGCCCGUGUCUUACCCUUGCCAUUGUCCAUUAGUCUCUGUUCCUCCCAUCGUUUCUUCUUUUUUUUUUUUUAAAAGAUGCAGACAUAAUGCUGUGAACUGAAAUAAAUUAUUUAUACAAUGAAAGGGCCUGAUAUAAAAAAAAAAAAGUGUUCUUCUGCUUAUUUCUCAGUAUCAAUGCUGCGUUUUACAGUUUGUUCUCGUCGUUGCUCCAGCCUCCCCAAGGAGAGGAGACGUGGGGAUGGAGCAGUGACCUGUGUGGGAUCACUCUGUACCUGGCGGCACACUGGCAUGGGUCUGUCACAUGGCAACUUUCUGCAGCGCAUCCCUCUAGGAUGUGGGGAAAACGUUGAUAAUUUUGCAGUUAAUGAAAUAUGAGAUCUUUUGCAGGUCAGUUAAUUUCUCUGCGUCUUGGCUGCUGUUUGUGAAAAGGGAGAACGUUGCAGUGGCGGUAUUUUCUUCCUUCGGUUCUUUUUGUUUUAAGUCUAUAUGAAGGAGGCCAUCACCCCAUGUGAGAAGUGAGCAAGAAAGUCCUGGUUUUGCUCAGUGUGGCUUUUUUUUUUUUUUUUCUUUCUUUCUUUCCCCAACGCGUGGCCUCAGGCAAGCUGUUUGGGUGGCAGAGAGCCAGGUCUGCAGGGGUUACAGCACCAGGCGGGCAGUUGAGAGCAGGAUGCUGCAGAGCUGGAGGCUGCCUCUGCUCCUGGGUGGCUGCUGCCACAGGAAGCACAGGGUGACAUUUCGGAGAGGAGAGCUUGUGCUGGGUGGUAAAUGACUUUUUUUUUUUUUUUUUCCUUUCUUUUUAAAACGAUGACACGGCAGCCGGAGAGGAAAUGAUGAGCCCAGUUGGUGAAAGCAGGGCUUGUGAGCGCUUAAUCCUGCUCGAGGUUUGCACUGGGAUCGACUCUGCUUCCCUGGUGGCUCUUCUGGUUGCCAGGGUGCCCAGUUCCCCGGGUGAGAGGACAUGCUGUCUGCUUUGCAAGAUCAGGGCCGUGGGGCUCUGAAGGGUUGCGGGACCUGGAAAUGAACCCAAAGGCUUACCCAGUGGUGCAGUUACUGAGCUCCCAUCACAGCUGCUGGUGCGCACCCAGAAAUCACUUGGAGCAGAGUUGACCGGUGGUUGGUCUGUGGUGUUCAAGGAUCAAGUUGCUGAGUGCUCAGCUGCCACGCGACUGCACAGGCAGCCUCUGAAGGGUGCAGUUCCCCACUGGCUCCUUCCUUGCACAGAGCAUCAACCGCGGGUUUCCAUCUCUGCAAUGCCAGUGGCAUGGUGGGCAGCAAGGUCUGGUCUGGCACUCCUGAAGAUGCUUCUGACCAUUGCUUCCCUUUGCGCCUCCGGCCCUGUUUUCCAGGCAGUGUGUGGGACAUCAUAUGUUCCUUCUGGCCUGUGUUUCAUGGAUCUGGAAGCCCAAAAGUGGAUACUGCAAUGCCUGCACCCUCCUUAGCAUGAAGGGACUCAUCCUCACUCAUGCCACCUGGCAGGAGCCAAUUUAUGGGGGGGUUUCUGCUGGCAUGGAGUCAUGCACACUGGUGGUGUGUCCCUGUACAGGCUCAUCUGUGCCCAAGGGAGCCCGGACUUGCAUCCCUUGGGCACACAGGGUGACCUGCUGUGUCCCAUGUGGAGCUGGGGUGGGCUUUCCUCCUUCUGGUUUAAUGGGGAGAAUCAUCCCCGUCCCUGCAGUGGAGGAAGAGAAACAGACAGAAGGGUUUGGGCUGUAGCUUUUGAGAAGCUGUGACUUUGUGUGUGUGUGACGGUGCCACUGGAUCUGUCCCCCCCAGCCCUGUGACGGGGUGGGGGGGGCCUAGCUGGGAUGUCUCAGUUUAUCUUACUGCGAAAGCCACUGGCUUGCAGGAAGGGGAGUUGUGUCUUCUUGCAAGCAAAUCUCCUUGUGCCUCAAGCUGCAAGGACGGACAUCCUCCUUCGAGCCACACAGCCUCUCCUCCUGGCUGGAGAGUGCUUUUGUCAGCAGGGGUUUUUUUGUGUGUUCAGGCCAGUUGUCAUGAAAACAUUGCACAAGGACCUUGCUGACCUUGCAGUGCCCUGAAGCAGUGUGCUGGCUGGGAUUUAUGCUGCCGUAACAUCUCCCCGAGCAGGCGAUGCAGUGAAACAGUGAGCGAUGCUGGAGCCAUGGUCCCCAGCCUGAUUUCUGGGGACCCUUAUGGCGCCCAGGCCACCACGCAGUGCCCAAGGAUGCUGCCCCUGCAUGGCACCUGUCAGGAGAAAAACCAGUGAGGCAGCAGUUGGGCUGUCAGCUGCAUCAGAUCUCCACAAGCAUGGGCUAGGAGCAGGUGAGAAGGACCUGCAACCUUUCUGAUGGCAGAAAAGGCAAGAAGAGAAUGAACCAGGGCUGGGGUCCAGCUGGGAGAAGUAGGAGAUGGGGUUGGGACAGAAAUAAGCAGAGAUGAACUACCAACAUGUCUUCCACCGCUUCUCUGCAGGUCCCUGACGUACCCUCUCUGAAGGCCACCAAGGGAGGACUGCUGAGCGAUCUCCACUUGCUCUUACGGACAAGGGUGCUUCAAACACCCCUCCGACGGCUUGGCAUGUCCAAAAUUUUCAUUCACAUAGUUUCAUGACGUCUCUUCUAACCCCAGAUCCCUGCAGCCCUUCCUCUGCAAGUUCUCCCUCUGCUUUGUCUCUUGGUGUCUCAGCUCCACAGGCCCUUCUGCCUCUCUUUCCCCGGUUUGCCUCGUUAAGCUAAAUCCCUCUGCUUUAUUUCAAAUGGGAUUUGCCUCCCAAGCAAGUAUCUUUAAAGGGAUCAUCUUCGUUAAUGUAAUUCAUAGGGUUCAACCCUUGAAGCAUAGUGUAAUGCAAAGAGAGCUGUUUCUUUGCACAGCACAAGGUGCCUCCAGUCAAAGUUUGGGCGGGGUGAGGAUGACCAUCUCUUUAAAAUGGACUAGAAACUAUUACAAGAAGAGGAAAAAAAAAAUCCCACGCUGAUUCAAACUUGGACCACGUUUGCUUUGUCUUCGUACAGUCAGCUCCAUCCUCGUGUUUCUUCAGUGUGAAUUACCCCAAAUGACAUGUACUUUUUGUCUGAGCAGCAAAAGGCCACUGCAGUGGGUCAAGUCUGCAGGACAUUAGGCACUUUACACAUGUAUCAUGCAAAAAAAAAAACCCAUAGUGCUUGCCUAGUAGAGUAAAAUUGAGACAUUUCAUCACAAGCAUAUUCUUAUUUAGGAUAGUUCAUGGUGACUAGGGAAUAUGGAGAGGCUCAG